AUGAGACUGACACGAAUACUUCGUGUGCUGAUCCGAGGAAAAGAUGGGCAGGCUGAAUGGAAAGAGAUAACGGAAAAUCAAUUGCCAAAAGGUGGAAAAAAACUUUCAUUCAGAGAAAAUUCCUUAAUCGCAUUUGGUGUAGGGAUGCUGGUCUUCUCUUACGCAUACUUUCAAGAUGAGAUCAAUCCAGAUUCAAAAUGGGCUAAGGCAUAUCGCACAUUUACUCGAGAACCACUCUCUUGGCUUACCAAAGGGCAAUCCGAAGCGCCUGUUUCCCCCGAUCACAAACCACCUGUAUUCUGA